UCAGUGUUCAGCGAGAGGUGGAGCAUGGUCAGGAGCUUCAUGGGUCUAGGCCAGUUCAGGGGCUACGGAAGUGCCGCGAACGAAGGGUUUGGUAAGCUGAUCGACCCGUUGGAGGUCAGAGUCCAUCUUGCAUCCAUCAAGAACCGAUCUUCCCCCGGCCCAGAUGGCAUUAGUAAAGCAAUGCUGUCCGAAUGGGACCCUGAAGGGAUUAAAUUGGCUCACAUGUAUUCGACCUGGUUGGUUACAGCAGGGAUUCCCAAGGUCUUCAAGAAAUGCAGAACGACACUGAUCCCGAAGACUGGGGAUGUUAGUCUACAUGGUGAUGUUGGUCAAUGGCGACCCAUCACUAUUGCAUCCUUGGUCUUGAGACUUUACUCGCGGAUCCUCACGGAGAGGAUGCCAGUGGCCUGUCCCAGCCACCCGCGCCAGAGAGGCUUCAUCUCCUCUCCGGGCUGCUCAGAAAACCUCAUGCUCCUGAAUGGGUGCAUGAACCUGAGCAAGCAAGGAAAGUGCUCCCUCGCAGUUGUGUUCAUCGAUUUUGCGAAGGCCUUCGAUACAGUCUCCCACGAGCACCUCCUGAGUGUUCUGGCACAGAUGGGACUGGACCAACACAUGGUGGAGUUAGUCAGGGACUCCUACGAUGGGUGUGAGACCAAAGUGCUGUGUCAGGAAGGUAGUACCCCUGGCAUAGCCAUGAAGGUGGGAGUGAAGCAGGGUGAUUCGAUGUCCCCUCUCCUCUUUAACCUUGCGCUGGACCCGCUAAUCCAGCAACUUGAACGCGAGGGGAAGUCCAUUACAGCGAUGGCUUUUGCGGACGAGCUGGUUGCAUCUGCCCAUGCUAGGAGGAUCCUGGGCCUCUCUCGUUCAAAAGACGAGGUGGUCAUUUGGAUGACUCUGAACAUGAUCGAUCCCGGAAAGUUUGAGAGGUUAUGGCUGAGUGCUGGAGGGUCACCAGAUGAGGUACCGGAGCUGGGUCCGGUUCUGGUUGAGGGCUCCCCUGCGGAGGGGACCACCGACACCAACAGCAUGCUGAGGCCGAGGAAGCGUUUGGUCCCGUGCGACUGGCGCCAAGUUGAAUUUGAAAGGUGGGCAGACCAGUUAAUCCAAGGGAAGCGUAUCCGGACGUUCGAGGAGGACAAAAUCAGCAACUGCUGGUUACUUAACACCCCGCCAAACAAGUUUUCCCCCAGUAGUUUCUCGGCGGCUGUCCAACUCAGGGCGAAUGUUUACCCAACUCGCGAGCUGGUGGGGCGUGGAAGGAGCGAUACCGUUGAUGUCAAAUGUCGCCACUGUGGGGAGGCCCCAGAGACUUGCUGGCAUAUCCUUGGGCUCUGCCCCAGAGUUCGGCUCUGCCGGAUCCAGAGGCAUCACAAGGUGUGUCAGAUCCUCGUUACGGAAGCUGAGCGCCACGGCUGGGAAGUGGAGAGGGAAAAGCGCUGGACUCUGCCCUCAGGGGUGGUUCUGGUGCCAGACCUGAUCUGCUGGCUGGACGAACUGGCGCUUAUUGUGGAUGUAACGGUGCGGUACGAGUUCAAUGAGGAGUCCCUAGGACGAGCGCGAAUCGAAAAGGAAGACAAAUACUGCCCCCUCAUACCGGUGAUCAGGGCGAGCAGAACUCAGACCCAAAAGGUGUUGGUCUUUGGCUUCCCACUGGGAGCCAGGGGCAAGUGGCCGGCUGGGAAUGAGCAGAUGUUAGCCGAACUAGGCCUGAGUAAAGCUCGGACUCUGAGCUUUGCUAAACUCCUAAGCCGGAGGGUUCUCUUGUAUUCUCUGGAUAUAAUGAGGAUCUUCAUGCGCAAGGGAGGGGAGUGAGAGCCCACUCACUCUGACCCGAAAGGUUCCCCCACGACCUGAUUCUAGGCUACCUGAGCCUAACCGGGGGUUCCUAAAGAGUAUCAACCUAG